AUAAAAGCCCCUGCACCCACUUUGUAGUCUUUCAUGCCAAAUCCACUACUUUUUAUUAUUUUUGCUUGUGCGACGUACGAAAAACCUGUACAACAAGCAAGCCUCUCUCUCCCUCUCGCUAGUAAAAUAAAAGCCUAGUAUACCUUUUUUGUGUUCAUUUCCUCCAAUUAAUUAAGCCAAAGAUGAAGAACAAAGCAUCUGCAAUAUUGAAGCAGAUAAUAGCUACGUUGAGCUCAAUGGCCAAGGCUAAAAGCCUGGCUCUCAAGAGUAAAACAAGGGCCAUCAAGACUCGCCUGAUUAUAUUGUCUUUACUUAGCAAGAAGAAGUUCCUGAUGAGCUCCCUCUCUCACAGUAUACGGCAAAAAAAGAGCUCCAUCUCUCACAAGCUCCAUACUUUGCUUGGCCACAAUGACAAACACUCGGACGUCCAUGAAAACGACCAAAGCAAGGCCAUUGUACUGUACGAAGGCAACAUUAAUGCCAUGACCCACGAGUCCCUCCCUGACCAAAUUCGUACAGAGUUGUUGGAGGAGAAGGAUCACGGCUGCUUAGACGAAGCAGAUGACAAGUACCCGGAUCUGACCCACUCGCCGUUCUUCUCAGAGGAUCUGGAAUUGGAAGAUCCGGGAGGUUCCGUGAUAGAUCUGGUGAAGACUUCAAAGGAAGGGGUAGGGGAGGAAUUCAGCCUAGAAGACGAGAUAGACCACGUGGCAGACCUCUUCAUAAAGAGGUUCCAUAGAAGGAUGCGGAUGCAGAAGCAGCUGUCCUUGAAGAUGUACCAGGCCGGAGAUGCUGCAGAGGAGUGCCUAGCUAGCUAGCUAGCUAGCUAACUUUUAUAUUUAUUCAUUUAUUAGCUAGUAUCAUCUUUUAAAACCAAGAAAUCCACCCCCCUUAAAUUUCUAAAAGCUUUAGAAGAGUUAGAGGAGACUCAUGAGUCGUCAUGACUAUGUUACCUUUCCAUUUCUCUGUCGAGAACAGCCCAGAAGGCCAGGCUUGUCGCGGCCGAUUUAUGGACCAUAUUGUUAUUAUAUUCGUGGGUGAACCUCCUGUAAUUGCUCUAAUACAUGGAUAUAUUCUUAAAUAUAUCCUCCUGUAUAUAUUAAGAUA